UUGACAUUAAAGUAACCUCAAAAGUGCCUAAAAAUCCAAUGAUCCAAAUACCGCGGCACCUGCCGUUUUCGGUUUUUCCUGGUCGGAAACCUGCAGCUGCAGACACCGCAAGCACGUAGAAUUACGUAUUAUCGUUAAAGUGAUUUGUUGCCUUUGUUUUUAUAAUAGGUACUUAUUAAAUAUUAUUGUACCUUUCCCAAGUUUUGAGACAUCAUGACUGCGAAGAAGAAACCAGUAAAAAACCGUCAACUAGAAGCGGAUCUAAAAAAGGAAUUAAAUUUUGUUAAAAAUUUGUUUACAAUGUUUUCACUACCAUUGCAGAAAAAAGGUGAUAAUGAUAAUCAAAUGGAUAUUGAAGUAACUAAUAGGACUAAGCAAGAUGAGGAAAAACAACUUCCAGAGAGAGCCCAUAGCAUUGUAGAACUCGAGGAAAAGUUAGAAAAAAUUAAGUCUCAGAGUAAUUAUAAUCUUAAAACCAAACUCACAAAAAAGAGUUUAACCAGUAAGCUGAACAAAAAAAUAAAAAAGCGAGAACGAGUAAAACUGAAUAAACAUAAAGUUAAAGCUGCCAUUGACUCUAUGGAAGUAAAGGAAAUAAAUACUAAAGAAAAGGAAAAAAAUAUAUACACAGCAAAGCCAAUUUUCAACAGUGAAGGAAAGCUAGUUUUUUCCAAAUUUGACUUUGCUAAGCUUGGUAAAAGAGAUAUAAGUAAUAAAUCUCAAAAAGAUCCCAAAAAGGUUCUUGACAAUCUCAAACAGCAAGAAGAGAAGUUACAAAAGUUGGCUGAAGUAGACAGUGAGAAAGCAAAGGAGUUAAAAGAGAAGGCUGCUUGGAAAAAUAUACUUCAAAAAGCUGAAGGGGAGAAAGUGAAAGAUGAUCCAACAUUAUUGAAGAAAUCCAUCAAGAAAAUGGAACAAAAGAAGAAGGUAAGUCAAAAGAAAUGGGAGGGACGAAUUCAGAAUGUUGAAAAGAAAAAGGAGGAAAGACAAAAUAAACGAAAAGAAAACAUUUUCAAAAAGAAGAAAGAAAAAAAAGCCAAAGUUGUAAAGGCAGCAGUGAAGAGAGGGCGAGUUGUAAUUUAAUAAUUAGAUACGGGAAUAAAAGGAUAUUAAUAA